AUGGCGCCGACACCGACACCAAGCGAAGACAGUAUUGUCGAGAGAGUGCAAACGUUUGUAGGUGAAAACAGGCGUGUUGUGAUUGGUGCGGCGGCAGCGGUUACGGCACUUGGGAUUGGGUACUUGGUCUACUCGCGAUCGUCGGGGGACAAGGGAGACAAGAAGAAGCCGUCAAAGGACAAGAAGAAGAAGGGGCGCAGAGUUGACCAGACAGAUGGCCCUAUAAUCGAGGAACGCAACCCAACACUAGGCAUGGGGUUAGAUGAGGCCGAGAUCAAGGCUCUGCCGACCGAGGAUCGACUGAAACGUGCGGCAGAGCUCAAGUCCCGCGGAAACUCUGCAUAUACGCAGCGGGACUUUGAACUUGCCGUCAACUUGUAUUCUCAGGCUAUAGCGAUGAGUCCUAAGCCCGAGGCCGUAUUCUAUUCUAACCGGGCAGCUUGCUACACAAACUUCAAGCCGCCGCAACAUCAAAAGGUGAUAGAAGAUUGCACACAAGCCCUGAAGCUCGAUCCAAAGUACGCCAAGGCCCUGAACCGAAGGGCAACCGCCCUGGAGGCCAUAGACAAUCUCAAAGAUGCCCUCCGAGACUUUACAGCACUCGCCAUCAUCGAGCGAUUCAAGAACGAUGCGGCGAGCGCAGCUGUCGAACGUGUCUUGGCCAAACUUUCCACCAAACAAGCCGAGGAGAUUAUGCGCGCGCGAGAACCCCGGCUGCCGAGCGUCACGUUUAUCGGCGCAUAUUUUGCAGCGUUCAGGCCGCGACCAAACGUGAUUCUUCCAGACUAUGCCACCAAGGGAGAUCAUAUGCUCCUCGAGGCCCAGGAAGCCUUGUCCGAAUCACAGUUUACGAAAGCGCACGAGCUGGUGAAUGCUGCGAUCGACGCUGGGCUGUCUGAGAACUGGAACGAAGGCCUUGGAGAGGCCUUGAAUCUGCGUGGAACGUUCAAGUUUUUGAUGGGCGAUACGGUCGGCGCCAAGGCGGACUUUGUCGCCAGUACGCAGGCGCAUCCCGAUUUGGUCCAGAGCUGGGUCAAGAUUGCGAGUGUGUACAUGGAGUUGAGCGAGGCCGAGGCGGCGUUUGCGGCAUUUGAGAGUGCGAUUGAAAAGGACCCGAACUGUGCGGAUAUCUAUUAUCACCGUGGGCAGGAUAUUUACCGACUAGUCUUCUUCAUACUCUCCGAUUUCGAGAAAGCGGCCGAGGACUACCAGAAGUCGUCCAGGCUGGAUUCCAAGUUUGUGUUCUCACAUAUCCAACUUGCGGUUGCGCAGUACAAAAUGGGAGAUCUCGACUCUUCAAUGGCCUCAUUCCGCCAAUGCUUGCUUUCCUUCCCGAACCGAGGAGAACCGUACAACUACUAUGGAGAACUCUUGCUUGAUCAGCAGCGAUUCCAAGAGGCGAUUGAGAAGUUUGACAGGUCGAUCGAGAUUGAGAGGCAAAAGAAGAUUCUUCCUAAUCCUCUCCCACUCGUCAACAAAGCUCUUGCACUCUAUCAGUGGCAACAAGACCUCCCAUCAGCCACUCAACUAUGUAAAGAAGCACUGACUCUCGACGACGAAUGUGAUGCCGCGGUUGCAACCCUCGCACAACUGUCUCUGCAACAAGGUCGAGUAGAAGAAGCGAUUGAUAUGUUUAGCAAACACGCCAGCAUCGCACGUACAGAGGCCGAGCUAGUGCAAGCGUUGAGCUACGAGAACGCCUCUCGAGCGCAACUCGAGUUCCAGAAGAACUAUCCGGAUAUGGCAGGGCAACUGGCUGCUAUGGCUCAGGGGAUGCAGGCACCUUUCUAG